AUGAAUAACAAUUAUUCAGAGUUGUUUAUUACAAAAAUUGGUAAAUAUUUACCAUUUAUUUAUCCACAAAUUGAAAGUUAUGAAAUUGCUAUUAUUUUAAUUUCAGCUUCAAUAUCAUAUAUAUUACAUAUAUGUGCUGCUAUAACUAUUAUUAAAAGUUGGAAAGUUACAGAUGUUCUAAAAUCGGCUUACUUUAAAGCUGUUGUUUUUGGAUCAUUUACUGAUAUUAUAAAUAAUUUUUGUUGUAAUCUAACUAUGUUUUCAAAUCAAAUAAAACCAAUUGUCGAUUAUUUAGAACAUAAUUAUACUGAAAUACAUUUAAUAAUUUUUGAUGUAGCAAAAUUUAUUUCAAAUAUAACUUAUUAUAUACAAAUUGUGAAUUUCUUUUUUAUUUCUAUUAUUCGGUUUGUAGCAGUUUAUUUUCCAUUAAACGGAAAUAUGUUGAUUGAAAAAAAAUAUAUUUAUUUUCAAACAAUUGUUGUAUUUUAUUCUAUAGGACUUACAAGUUUUAAAAGAAUUUAUUGUAUUUUUCCUUAUAAAUAUUGGGAUAAUAGUGUAGAAUAUACUAGAGGAGAAAUAUUAGGAGGAUUUACUUGUAGUAAUAUUUUUAAUUUAUCUGUAAAUAAUUAUUACUAUAUUAUGAUUAUUUUUGUUCACUCAUUAAUUAUUAUAUCCAUUAUAUUAACAAUUUCUGUUUUAUACAAAAUUAAAAAAGUCAGAAUCAUUAAAUCAACUGUUCAUUCAGAUAACCUAAAUAAAGAAAAAAGAGAAAUUCAUAUUCUUAGUAAUUUUUUUUUCAAUCUUUAUACUGUUUGUACGCAAGGAACAAUUAUUGUUGAAUAUUUAAAAAAUAAUCAAUCUACAAUACAUUUAAUAUUAUGGAUAUUAAUUAUUAUUAUUAUGCAUUGGACUUAUUAUACACAAAAUGUAAACAUUCUUUUUAUUUCUACUAUUCGAUUUAUUUCUGUAUUCUUUCCUAAUAAUAUAAAUAAAAUUAUUGAAACGAAUUAUAUUUUUUAUCAAUCAUUGGUUGUAGUUUACUCAUUUGGUAUAACACUUUUAAAAAAAAUAUAUUGUACAUUUCCAUAUGAUUAUUCCAAUGAUGAUCCAAGAUAUUUUGAUGGUGGUAAAAUUGGAAAAUAUCAAUGUAAAUAUUUUUUAGACAUGUCUAAAAGUGAACAUUAUUAUAGUAUGGUAGGAUUAAUUCAUUCUUUAAUAAUUAUUUCAAUUAUAUCAACAAUUGCCGUUUUAUAUAAAAUUAGAAAAAUAAAUCAUACAAAAAGUUUUUAUCAUCAAAAUGAUUUAACAAAACAAAAAAAAGAAUACCGUUUGACACGUUAUGUUAUUGUUCUUAUAUGUCUUAAAAUUAUCCGUCUCAUAGAAGACCAACUUUAUUAUAUGCCUGUAAAAAUUAAUGGAUAUGACGAAAGUCUAUUUCAUAUUAAUACACUUGAAAAAUAUCAUAUUCAAUUAAAUUAA